AUGACUGCAAAGCCUGGACGGUUGGACCGAUAUUUCCUUCCCCCAAAACGCACGAUGCCGCCGUUUUCGUCGAUGCUCCGUACGAAAAAGGGCCGAAAGAGCAGGCCGAGGACGCCCCCUUCGCCCGGCUCCUUUUAUUCGCCCUCGAUCGCGAGGUCUCCUGCCCCCUGGGUCCCUCUCGAGCGCGCAGCACCAGCAGCGAUGUCAACGAGCCCGUCUACAGUGGCUCGGUCGGACGAAGAGCUCCUCCCCCUUCGGCAUGGGCCGACGCACCCUCGUUCGCCCACCACCGCGAGUGCAUCCAAAGACAACGUUGUACUCGACUUGAACGAGGACCCAUACGGCCCGACACACUCUCGACGGCCGUCUGCAGCGAGCACAUCGUCUCCACGGAUCCAGGCUCCCGCAUUGCAUGUUCCCAGUCGCACCCUUGGCGAGUCUUCUGGCCCGAGCUCCAACUUGAGCUCCAACGUAAACGCAAAUGCAAACGCAACUGCCGAGCCAGGCCCCGUUUCAGGACUCAAGUUGUCCUUGGUAGACGCACACCGCCGGGUCCCUACACCGAUCAAAAUUCCACGAGCACAAUGCGCCAAGCGUCACGAUCCAACGGAGCCCAUCGCCACCCCCUCGGCACGCCCCGUAUCCAACUGCCCAUCGUCUGCGCAUUCCGGCUCGAUCUUGGCUUCUCCUGCUCCCUCCGAGGGCGCACCGGAGCUCAUGACUGUGCUCCGGGCGGAACGGGCGAGCGCGUCCGUGCUGGGGCUCGGGUUUAGCUUGAAGGGGGAAGUGACUGCCUUGGAGGGGGAGGAGAGGGAGGAAAGGGACGAUGUGGUGGUGUCGCCGUCGUCGUCGGUGUCGUCUGCUCCACGAGCGGGUCUGAGACGAAGUACGUCGACAGAGGAGGGUCUUGGGGGGUCAUUAUAUCCCCCUCCCCCCGUUCGCCGACCGAACACGGACAUGUCGAUUGGGUCGGGAAGACCCGCGACUUUGUAUGCGAUGGAUCGAAUAAGCGAGGUUCCAUCUCCUUCGUUUCUAGAUCCGACGAACGCGUUAAGCCCAGGUGCUGGUGGUAGUGGGAGACCGACGUCCACGUAUUCGCGUUCGCAUUCACCUUCGUCUUCGUUCCCGCCCACCGGCUCGUUUUUCAUCGACGAGGAUGAAGAGCCGACGUCGCCGCCUCGCCAACGGUCCAAGACGGUCGGAGAUCGGGUCACGGGUCGGGAAUUGUACGUUCAUGCGGGGGCGGGCAGGCAGCGGAGCGUGUCGGUUUCUGCCUCGAACGCGAACUCGAACUCGAACUCGGCGAUGGCGAUUAGACGAGCACGGUCUCCGUCUGGGGCAACGGCCAUGACAUAUGCGUCUAGGCCUGUCACACCGCCCGAUUUCCUCGGUCCGGGCCUUGCGGGCACCGCUCCAGGUGCGACUAUUCCGGGACGGACAAAGAAUUUGCAAGGGCCGAAUAUGGCAGGUAAUUACUCGGUGGCGUCGUCUGGAGCGGGUUCGACAGGGACCUGGUCGGCUAGCCUUGGUUUUUCAAGCGCGUCUGGAUUUGGCUCAUACUCGUUUUCUCCCCAACCCGCGUCGUCGACAUCUUCUCAGCCGACGCCGUCUUCGUCUGGCGCAACUCAGCCGCCAUCUUUGUUUGGAUCGCAUACUGCUCUGUCGUCUGGCACGACCCAGCCUACGCCAUCGACUGGGUCGGGCUCUUCAUCUUCACUUGAUUCGCCCCCGCCUCGAACGACUCGAUUGGGCAGUGCUCCCAACGCGACGACAACCAAUACGAACAUGGUGGCCACGACUGCUUUUCCGCCCAUCUUGUCUAAAUUUACGCGCCAGCCGCUCGGGUUUGAAAACUUCAGCUUUUUGGGAGGGCGUGGACGGAGUGCGAGCGAGGUCACGAGGGGCGGUGCGGAGAUUGCAAAGAGUGCGAGUAAUAGCGCGGCGAGCAGCAGCGAGGUAGUGGUAGAGAUCCCAGCCCGACCUGCACGCCCACCUUCCCUCUGUCUGCGGGACGAUCCACCAGAGCCAGUUCGUCUGGCGCAUAGCAGCUCGAGUUCCAGCACCGGAUCGACUGGACUCGGCCUACGACGGAAACGGUCUUCCCCUGCUAUCCAUACUCUCGAGCGCAAAGCAUCCAACCCUGGGAGUCUGGCCUCUUCCACACGCCGAAAAGGGUCCGACGCAGGUAUACCCACAAUCCAUCGUACGGAUUCAUCGAAUAGCUCCCAUCGCACUGCGGGCACACAGCAGCCCACUCCGACCUCUCCUACUCCCGCCGGCGCUCUAUUGACGAUCAAACAACGCCGCGAGACCUUGUUCCCGACUACACCGCGCUCGUUUUCGCAUGAAGAGUCAUCCUCGUCAUCGCCACCACCGCCGGCGAGGUCCCCGGCCCCGAGCACGCGCAAGGCCCACUUGCCGAUCGGACCCAAGAGCGUGCCUGUUGUCCCUUCGCGCUCUGAGCCUGUCCCGGCUGUCACGGUUCCGGUCAUCCCUACCCCUGGUCCGUCGACUGCCGGUGUUAGUGCUAGUGCGAGUGCAGGUAUUAGUGCUAGUGCGAGCGUCGGUGCCAAACCCCGUGGUCUAAAACCGGUCACUGCGCCAAAGCAGCCCCCUCCGUCCCCGACGUUCGAGCCUGUCCCCGUUCGGUGGCGAGGACUAACGAUGGACGCUGCCAAGUGGACGUUUUCCUCCAGCCAGCUGCACAAUAUUGUCAGUCGCGCCAUCAAGCAGUCGGCCGAGACGUCUUGCGUGCGGCUCUUGCCUCUGGACGUACUGGACCAAGAACUCCCCGUCGAAGUGGAACGGCUGGAACAAUUGCGCGACGUCUUGCAGACCAAGUAUAAAGCUCAAGUCCGCCGCGUCGUCUCCUCAUGCCGCCUGCUCGACGAACUGGAAGAUGUCGGAGUCGUGUGUGACCAGCUCGCUGAAGACCUUUACCUCGUCGGAGACCAACUCAGCCAGAUUGCCCGGCUACGGGAUGUACACAGUACGAGUGCACUCGCGGUCGCGCUGCGCAAGAUCAACCAGAGCUAUAUUCGCGCGAGGAGCGAAGUCGUGGAGCUCCAGGCCGAACGUACAUCGCUCGAGGCAGAACGCGACGAAGCUGGCUCAUGGCCGAGUCCCUCGAGCGCGAGCUCGUCGAAUCCAAACACCUCGCGCCGCCUACGUCGGAUGAUUCCGUGUCGUCCAAACCUCCGAGCUCGGACGAGUCGCGCCAUGCGUCGCUCGGCCCGGAGCUCGACGAGCUCAAUGCGCUACCACUCGAUCUUGUUCCCGCGCCCACCGACGUCCACCUCGCCAUUUAUCGAUUUCUCGCACCCCGACUCGAGCAGCGGCGACCUCGUGCCCCCGGUCCCGCCCGUGAACCUGACCAAGCACCUCAGCUCGUUCGAGCCCAGCCGGCCCGAAUCUAUCGGCGUUCUCCCCGCGGGCGCGUACGCGCUCUCGCUCUCCCCUGGACCGGGGAGCGAAGUCGUCGGCGUGACCACUCCGAGCGCGACCUCGCACGACCUCUAUGUCGCCCAAAACGAGCUGCUCACGAUGCUCGGCUUGAGCUACAAGGAGUACGGAUUCAAGAUUCGUCCCCGGAGCUAUUCCGAGUGCGAGUCCCCGCCCGCUGUGCCCAGCUCUCCGCCCGGUGGUGGUGCUGGUGGUGUUUUUGCUGCACGGAUGUCGGGUCCGCCGAGCUCGUUCCAUCGCCCGAGCUCGAGGGGUAAACUCUUCCGCUCGUCUUCGGACCAAGCGUUGAGGAGGCACAGUUCCACACUCGAGAGGGUCAUUGCAGUUGAAGUUCCUGCUUUCGGCGGAGUCCCAGAGGACCCGGCUGCCAUUCUUGCAGCUCUGACUCUGCCCCAGGAUUUAUAA